CAUCAACUUUGUCUAUCUUUGUGAAAGCAGGAAAGAAAAACAAUGACGUUCCAAAUUGAGAAAACAUUUUCCCAAGCCUCGGAGAGGGUGAAGUCGGUAGAAUUCCAUCCAACUCAGCCAUGGGUUCUGCUGAGUAUGCAUUCAGGAGAGGUCCGCAUUCUCAACUUUCAGACUCAAGAAGUGGUGGGGUCAUUCAAGGCCACGGAUUCGCCGGUGAGAACAGCAAAGUUCGUCCCACGAAAGCAAUGGAUCGUGACCGGAACCGACGACGGCAAGAUCCGAGUGUACGAUCAAGACAGCAGGGAGCUGGUGAAGGAGGUUCAAGCACACGAGGAUUUCAUCAGGAGUCUCUGCCCCCACCCAACGCUUCCGAUCCUGCUGUCGGCCGGCGACGACAAGGUUGUCAAGAUCUGGGAUUGGGACAAAGACUGGGAGUGCGCUCGAGUCUUCCGAGGCCACUCCCAUUACGUUAUGCAGACUGCUUUCAACCCACUGGAUCACCAAUCCUUCGCAACUGCAUCGCUCGACAACGCAGUCAAGAUAUGGAACAUUGGCUCCCCUGCUUCCGUUGGAUCACUGGACGGACAUGCAAAAGGAGUCAACUGUGUGACUUACUUGGCAUCAUCAGCUGGAGAUCCUGACGAGAAGAAGCUGUACCUUUUGAGCGGUUCGGACGAUUUCACGGUGAAGGUUUGGGACUGUGACACCAACUGCUGUGUCCGUACUCUGGAAGGCCAUACCAACAAUGUCUCUGCGGUGGCUGUACAUCCAGAGCUGCCGAUCUUCGUUUCGGUCUCCGAAGAUGGGACUGUUAUCAUCUGGGAUGCUACCACUUUCAAGGCUAUUGAGACGAUGAAUUACGGGCUGGAUAGGGUUUGGGCUAUUGGGUGCAGAGGAGGUUCGAACCAGAUGGCUUUUGGUUGCGACAAAGGGACGGCUAUGGUGAAUGUUAGCAGCAGCUCUUAGAUCCCGGAUAGCAACAUCUCGUAAUAUGGCGUACGUCUGUGAGUUGUGAGGAGUAAUUAAUAAAUAAAACUCUAUGUACUGUGUUUGUAGUAGGGGAAAUAAACAUAUGUGGCUAUAUUGGUGGUGUGAGGGUUACGUGACUUCUAUGUUGAAAAAUAUUGUCUUGAUGUAUGUAUUGUAACGAUUAUGUACGAUAUAGAUUUAUUAGCAAAUAUUUUUUAUUAGUGACUUGACUAUUGUUACUAUCGAAAUUUCUGGAAUAUAUGGGAAAUAUAUAUUUGAUUUCCUAUAUAAAUAUACAAAAUAUAAUAAUAUAAUAUAAGGGCAUGGUGAUA